UACGUUUAUCGACCGAAUUUACCAGCAGCAGAAGAGGUCACCACAUCAAUCGACCAGAAAACUCACCUUUUCGUACCCUUUUCGUGUAGAUGCCUGUAAAUGAACAAGAUGUAUUGGAUUUGUCCUCUUAAAGCUACCACCUUGGCCUAUUGUGUGCUAGCCUUUUACUCCAGUGUUCAAGCAGGAAGAGAGAUAGAUUCUAAUGUAUAUUGUGGAGCCUGCCGAGCACUGAUCAGUGAGGUGGAGUAUGCUAUUAGUCAAGAGGACCCUCGUCAGACCAUUACUGUUGGAAGUUUCAGGAUUGACCCCACAGGAAAACAGAAACAGACCAAGAUACCAUAUGCUGGGUCUGAGGCCCAUCUUACAGAGGUGAUGGAGAAUGUCUGUGAUAAAAUGACCGACUAUGCUGAAAGGAUAGAUCCAGAAACCAAUGAGAAAACCUAUGUCAGAUACCAGGCAAGGAAUGGGGAGGAUAUGGAACUUACAAAUGUAUCUAUCAACGUCGUCACAGGAAAAAUUUUAAAAGUAGCUUGCGAAAAUAUUAUUGAAGAGUACGAAGAUGAAGUGCUGCGAUUGUACAGGGAAAAGUCAACGGACAUUGAAACCAGACUGUGCUCCAGUGUUACACAACUUUGUGAGGGUUCAUCAUCGGCACACACUGAGUUAUGACCCCAGGCUUAUUUCAUUAAGUACGCUAAGUAACGGAAACUAUUGAUCAACGUUUUAAGUAGUUUUGAUAGUGGUUCAUCAGAAUAUACAGAUAUACCUUUUAUUUGGGGCACAAAGUAAACCUUAUGAAUAAAAUUGAUUGUAUUUGCCAAGAGCAUUCUGUUAAUGUGUGUGAGAAUCUUCAUAAGAAAGUGCAAAUGGCAUUGAUAGUAUUUUUUCAGGAAGCAACAGAUAUUUGUAUAGAUUUAACAAAAUAUUCCACAUGAAAUUAAAGGGGUGCACUACAAUGACUUAAUGAAAUGAAAAUAUUGUUAAACGCGUAAGAUGAUGCACAAUGCUUUACAAAUAUUUAUUAACAUGCUUUUGGCUUUACAUGUCGAUAGGAUGACAAGUUCACUUAACCCUAACAAGACAAUUGUAGUGCACUUAUGGGUGUUGUAUUAAAUUGGACUCUUUGAGAGUUGGAUGUGCAUUAUUUGUUAUUCUGUUAUUCUAGUAUGCAAUUUAAUUGUAACUAACAUGAAUUAGCAUAAGUCCAAGGUAAAAAAUGCUCUGAAGAGUUACAAUUUUGUGUUCCUCUCUAUUGAGGUACAGGUGUGGUAUUUGUGGCCUUAAUUCAAUGAAAAUCUCUCAUUAAGAGCCAUGCUCUCACAAAAUCCUGUCCAAGUUGUAUUUUAUUCAAUUUUAUGUAAGUCACAGGUAUUAUGCAUUUAUUUUUUACCUGUAUACUAAGCUUGCCCAUCAUUUAAAUAUCUAUGGAUCUAGAUCUUAAGUGUAGAUAUGAACAGAACUAUGUGCCUAUCUGUACAAUUUCAAAGUCAUUUUGUGCCUUAAUGUUCCCAAGCAUGGGAAAUCAAUUGAAAUUUGUUUUCUUUAUUGACCCAAAAUUUUGUAUGAAAAUUUAAGAAGCACAGAUGUUAUCUUUGUUAUGGCUUUUAAUAAGAGAACAGCCAAUACUCUGAUAAAUAUCCAGCCACAUCAACUAUUAUUCUGGCAAAUUCAUUAUACAUUCAUUUUAAUACUUCUCCAGAUAUAAUGAUUCUUUAUCUUAGCAUGAAACAAGCUAAUAUAUUGUCACAAAUAAUUGUACAAAUACAAUCUGCCCAAAAGAUUUUAUUUAGUUUUGAUAAAUCUAAUGAUAAAUAGUUUUGAUUUUGUUUCUCCCGGAUUACUCCUGUAUUAUCAGUUAAGAUUGUAGAUGAUAUGUAAUAAACACACUGCUUCAAAAUCUGAUGAAACUGUUCAAUAUUAUCCACAUCAUAAAUAAACUCUUCAUAACUAUGCUUACUACUAUUGUUAUUUUUAAACAAGUGCCUCGUGAUGAUACUUGUAAUGUUGUUAGAUUUUUUUUCUGAAAGGGAAGAAUAAUUUCCCCCCUCAUUUUAAGGUGCCUCUCUUGAUUCCAUUAAGUCAGUGUUAUGGGGAUCAAUAUCAUUUGGUAAUGUAGUGGCUCAUCGAUGGGGUAUUAGGUGGAAGUUGUCACUGGAGAGAUCCCCAAAACAAAUUGAAAUCAAUUGAUUGUGUUUGAUUUGCGUAUGCACUGCACUUUUCAUAUAUGUUCCUAGAGUGAUUUGCCUUUUGGCAAGAUGUGUCAUCACUGGGACAUCGUUUUGGGGGUUGUUAUGGGAGUGAUUAUCAGCCCUAGCUGAUGUUUUUGAUAGACUACUAGUAACAACAAUAUUCUGAAGUUCAUUCAAAUCUGUGAAAUGGUAAUUCAUGAAAAAUUCCCCAGUUAAAAGAUAAUUCUGACAAGCAAAAAUAGUAAAAAUUGUUAGUACUCGACCUGCAGUGAAAUGUGCAGUCCACAAAAUUUCAAAGGUUGUAUGCAGCUGUUUCUUUUUAAUGAUUCUACCCAAACUAGGUGGUUGACAGAGGCAUGAUUUGGGGGCAUUUGUCUUUCCUGUAUCCAUUUUCAUAAUGUUUGACACAUCAACUUCAAAUGUGGUCCAAGUCUGCAUGUGCAAGUUACAAUGAUCUGGUUAUUUUCUUCUGGUAUCGAAGUCAUAGGCCAUGCAGGUCAUUUACCUGUAAAGAGACCCCAGUUCAAACUUAGCUCAUCAGAUAGGAACUAGAAGUUCUAUAUAAAAUGCAGUGUGGGGGAUGAUUAAAAAUCAAUAUUUAAUAUUGAUAUUGUAAGCUGUUAUUGUGCCAGAAACAUUUACAUUGAUUGGCUAUCAAAAUAACAUUUCAUUAGUAUGCACCGAACAAGCAAAAAUCAUUUCACAAGUCACAACUGCCUUUCAAUACUUGUACUAACAGCUGUCAUUGUUCAGCAAGAAAGUAUUUAAAGUGAAAAUGUACUGUUAUGAAGUAAAGUAUGAAUAUUGUGUGAAAUGAGUAUACAUUAUAAAUGUGAAAUGGUCAGUAAAUAUUA